CUUUAAAUGCACCCCACCGUCCGUGCCCAGAUUCACCAACCUCUCAUUAAGUUCCUUGGGAAGAGGCAUUGGCCUUCAUCACCCGAUGUACCGCAUACCCACCCUGCGGCACCCGCUGAACUCAAAGAACGGUUUACCAGCUUUUUUCUAAGGCCAGCGGAAUCGCAAGCGGAAGGGUCAUCUCUUACGCAGGACAAUAAAAGUGUCUUCGAGGACUUUUGGCAAGCGCCAACAAGGUAUUGGAAACCUAGAGUUAGGGAAAUUGAGGAAAAAGAGAUGGAUGCCGUUAUGAGUGGCGGGGCGUCGUCGUAUUGAUUAAUUACCGUAUCAAGUAAAAACAUGAAUCAUUGUUUUGCGACAACAUGAGCUAGUCCUUCUCUG